AUGAGGUCCACUCCAAAGCCAUUCGGUUUCAUACAUGCUUGCCUGCUACUCAGCUGCCUAGUUCUCGGACAUCCCGAGAGUGAUCAGGUUCCCGGAGAUACUUUGACACGCUUCCUGUCCGCCAUAGGUAUUCAGUCCAACAGCAGCCAUGUACGAAAUAUCAAGGUCAGCGGCUCUCAGUUUCGAACCAGGUCUAUAAUAACUACAAUUUCUCUGGAUACUAUGGAUCAAACAGCCGUCCCUUAUGGAAGCCAGGUCAUUACGUAUUCGUAUGAAAAGGACUGUCUGAAGCAGAGAAUCGACAAGAUUGCUGGCUUAGGAACUCUUUGGGUAUUUGCUCGUCCAGGACUUGAGCCCAUGGACUAUUCGGUAGUGGUCGAAGAUUGCGAUCAAGGGUUUGCUGCAGUCACUAAAGGAAGCUAUUCCGUCUUCGAACCAGAGGCUGCCCCUGAGGGAUUCCUAGAUGGAUUCCUCUCCGCAUACAUGAUCUCCGAUGCUUACAAGUGGGAUCCUUUGUUAAUGGACAAGAUCCAAACUAGGAACACCUUCACCGUACGGUAUGAGCCAAUCGAAGGAGGUUUACUAGUCCCGGCAGUUUUCGACCGCACUCUCAACAUCUCAGUUCUCUUGCAUCCAGACACCGACCUACCUCUGGCCAUUCGUUCUUACGAGGAUCACCCUUUCUUUGGACCUUCAACCAAUGAUCUCCGAGUAUAUGACUAUGUAUCUGCAGACGGUAUUAUGAUACCGCGUCGUUACAAGGUUGUGUACAAUAACAAUCGGCUCAUUACAGACUUCCUCGCCGAUGAGGUCGUAGUCAAUGGCCCUAUCGAAGAGAUUACCUUCAGUCCACCCACAGAACGUCAGGAUGUCCACAUCCAUGUCGUUGAUCACACACUGACUGCCGAAAUUGGCGAGAAGUAUGCCAACUACCUAUGA